AUGGUAUCACUGCGAUUUGCCACAAUAUUAUUGCUAGCUCUGUUGACAGUAUCGGUGACAGCAUCUGGCUGGUGGGACGAUGACUGGGAUGAACCCUGGCAUCAGUAUCAUCACCAUCACCAUCGUGGACACUUCCCGUGGCAUCAGCAACAUUUCCACCAUCACCCACAUCACGACGGUCAUCAUUCGUUUGGUCACGGAGGAUGGAAAUGGGAUUGA